GGGGUAAAGAAUAACUGACUAAAUACUAGCAAGGGGAAGAUGUUUGUUGUGAUGCUCAGAGUUCAACAUGUGACUCAAAACGUUUUUCUCACUGACAAAAUAUACUGAAACAGCAAAACUUACAAUGAUUCUAUCAAGAAAAUAAAUCAUUGAGUGAUCCACUUGAAGACUGUACUGGUCUCAAACCUCUGCAACAUUGCUGAUCAUUGCAAUAUAUCUCCCGAGAAGCACAAGUUUCAACCUGGGAACUGAUUCAUCAGCGAUGUGGUACUCUUGGACGUGAUAUGAGAAUACGACAUUCAGGUGACCUCAUUACAACACGCGUCAGUAAAUUAAUGAGAAGAACAGACUAGAAAUACUGAUACAAGUGCAGGAAAUGCGCCGUGCGGUGAAACUCAAUAACAAUGGCGCACAGACUGCGAUGAACUGCAUAAGAGGUCAGCCAGAGGUGACCCUAGGUCAGCAGGUGUGAUCGCUUACACUCCGAGGUACCUCCAGACACUCUUGUGGUCGGUUACUCUCCGUGCACGCUGACUUCAGCGUCAGGAUGGCGUCCUAUUCCGAGCUGGCGUUCGAGUGGUCCAUGCUUUGUCAAGAAUGUACUGACUGCUGGACUGAUACAGACCUUCAGUUGGCGGCUGAACUAGGCAAGACCCUGCUGGAAAGGAACCGGGAGCUAGAGGCCAACAUCAAGCAUCAGCACGCCAUCAUCGAAGACCAACUCCAGGAGAUAGAGUACUUAAGCAAGCAGACAGCUGCCUUGAGGGAAGUGAAUGAUUCUCGUCUGCGCAUCUACGAGCAGCUGGAGAUCUCCAUACAGGACCUGGAGAAGAACAACCAGAGGCUCGCUGCUGAAGGCGCUUCGGACAAGCGCAAAAUAAAGAGUUUGUGUGCUAACUUGGAGUCUUUGGAAGCACGCUGUGAUGACCUUCAAAAGAACCUGGAGGAGGCUCGGGCAGGAGCACAGCAGCAACUGCUUCAGCAGAAGCAGCGGGGCAGAAACAAGCAUCGCUCAAUCAUUCUUGAAGAACAGUCUCUCCGUCGCUCUCACUCCUGUGAGAACACCAUACAGGAGGAGGAUGAGGAUAUUGAGAUUCAGAACUGUGAAGAACGAACAGCUGAAGACAAAGAAGCACGAAAUAGGAUUGAGGAGCUGCAAGAGAGACUGAAGGCAGCUCAAAAUGAACUGGCAGGAGAAGUUCGCAAAAAAGAGGAGCUGGAGAUCCAAUUGGCAUGCACAACUCAAGAGAAUAACAUACUUCAAGACCAGCUUGCAGUAUUACACGAGAAGGUAGUUACAGUUCGAACAUUUGACGAGGAGCUAGCAUCUCUGGAUGAUACUUCCUCUGCAAAACUCUGUCGCAAGUGUCUUGGUCAAGUAGAUGAGCUGGCAAGCAAUCCAACUUUGUACGACCUGAAUGAUAGUAUUGAGGAUACUGAUGCUUCAAUUGAAAGUAUUCACGGAGAAUGUGCCCUCAUUAAGCUGAAGAAUGGUGGUUAUGCAUGGGGCAGUCAGGAAUCAUUGGCAUCAAUUGGUCAGGUAGUGAGUCACGUUGGAUCUUGCGGGACAUCCCCUGGGACAGAAACUAGUGACGCUCCGCACAACUCCCUCUUGUCAGAACUUGACACAUCAUACCGCAUCUUAAUUGAGAAGUAUGAAGCUCUCCUGGAAGCUCGUGAACAGCAACAGCAAAAGCAGCAAACCACACAGGAAACUACUGGUCUUGACCAUGAAGGCCUUGUACAUCCAGGGGUUGAUGACAUAUCAGGACCAAUGAGUCUGGUAAUGACAGAUUCUUUGCAUGAUCCUGCCAUCACACUCAAGUGCCAGCGUUGCCACACUUGCACCUGUGACCUUAAGCCUUCUGUUGGUCGACCUAAGAGUAACACAGAAGAGUUUUCAGAGGUGGAGACAACAUCGUCUGGUUUUUCUGAUGGAGAAAGUAGGCUGUGUAAUAAGGCAACACAGACUGGAGAAGAAACACCAUACCGUGAAAUUUUUGAUGACCUGACGCCCACACCAACUGUAUCUGGCAAAUGCUUAGAUCUUAGUUCCCCUAUCAAUCCAUGUGAUAGGCGAUUCCAGGCAGCUCCUGAGUAUAAAAAAUUAUUCCAGGAGAUUUUUACAGUCUUGAAGAAAACUGUAGAUGAAAAAGACAAUCAAGCUCAACCUUCCAAGACCCCUCAGGCACAAGAAGAGAAAGUACAUGUUAGCAGUAAGACUGCCAAAACUGAUGACUACAAUACUUCUGUAAAUACUGAAUCAUCUAAGGUUUCUUUAGAGAAAAUUGAAGAAACUAGGUCUUCACCCACAGAAAUAUGCAAGUCUGCUCCUAUUAAGGGCACUGUAGACUCUCAAGUCGAAUAUAUUGAAGAGAUGGAGAUCAUUACAAUUACUAAAGAAUUUAACCUAAGAGAAUCUUCUCAGAUCUCUGAGAACAAAUGUAAAGAAGACUCAAGUUUGCAGGAAAAGAAUGCAUGCCAAGUUACUCCUGAGGAUCAGCGCAUUAUCCACAAACCACCUCGGCCCGAUUCCCUUGACUUGGGUAACAGCUCACGACCAUCUAGCAGGCAAAAGCGCCGUCGCCGUCAGCAUCGCAUCCGCCUAGAUUCUUAUCAACAACAACCAUAUCAAGGGCAGUAUCAAUACACACAUGGAGGCAUGAGUAUGAAUCAGUCACAUCAUGGACAGCCAGGCCAUAAGCAUAAAAGGGAUAGAGAUCUGCAUCAGAGGCAACCACAAGACGAAUUUCCAAUUCUCCAGUCGCAGUCAGAAGAGGAGGCUGGGAGGACCAGGAUUGUUUACAAUUCUUCUAGAGGGCGCUGUGAACAUCACAGAUCACGCAGACACAGAGAUCGUAGCAAUAAUAACCAACCCCAUAAAGAUGUGCAACAAGAAAAUGACCAAAGUGAAAAUCAAAAACACCAAAAUUCAGACAUGGACUCGAGAGGAAAGCCUGCCAUGCCCAAGAUUAAUUACCCAUCUGUAGAAGUUGCCAAAUUAAGAAAACUUGAGAUGACAUAUGCAGAAGCCCUGAAACAUUCAUUACACAGAGCCUACUAUAAUCGUAGGUACUGAAAAGGUUCAGAUAUACUGUACUACUGUAUAAAUUUCAUCUGUGUUGGGUAAUCGUUAAGUGUAAAUCAAAUUAUUAAAAGAUCUAAUAUAAUUUCUGAUAGUGUGGCAAAAAACUCAGUUAUUGUAUUCUUCGUCUUAAUCUGUUGUAUUUUGUAAAUAUAAAUGUAUAUACAUAAGUACACUUGACAUCUUUGUAAAAUAUUUCUUUGGGUAUAUAUAAUAUUUAUUUCUCUUAGUGUGCCAAGUAGCAUUUAGUAGCUUGUAGUUUCCUUUGUUCAUGUUUCACUGUGUUAAUACAGUAUUGAUGAUGCCACACUUUGUAUAGCUGCUGCUGCUUUUCUUUACUGGUUGUGUAUUUUGACUACAAAACUCAUCUUGGAAUCUCCCUGUUGAUGCCUGCUUUUGAGUUUGCAGUUUGAUUUUUUGUUUGAGUAACCCAGUUCAUGUGCCAAAGAACAGGCUAACUC